GGCGCCAGCUACAAGCAUCUCACAAGUCGCCACCUACGUGCAACUCACACGGCGCCAGCUACAAGCAUCUCACAAGUCGCCACCUACGUGCAACUCACAAGGCGCCAUCUACAAGCCUCGAGCACACCAGCUAUAAGCAACUCUACAGGCGUCCAGCCUACAAGCCUCGAGCACACCAGCUACAAGCCUACAGGCUCUACAGCCUACAAGCCUCGAGCACACCAGCUUCAAGCAACUCUACAGGCGUCACGCCUACAAGCCCCGAGCACACCCACAGGCCUACGCAGCCGAUAGCGAGGGCCACAAUCUACAAGCCGCUCCCCCGCUUCAAGCCAGCACUGCUACGUACCCUGCAAGCCACUCCACGAUACGGCAGAGGUAUUCACACCUGCAACGAGGAGGCACGCCCCGCUGACCUUGGGACACCCCGCAUGCCCCUCGCUCCACAGCUGGCGGCACCACCGCCGCUGCCGGGAGCAUCGGCCCAAACCUCUUCCGGCAAGCAGUCAGCAAGGGUACCCGCGGACAUCUCCCGGUGACUGCAAGCUGUUCCCACUACCGUUUCUUGCAAGGCGUCUUCUCAAGAGGUUACACACCCAAGUCGUCUUGUCUGCCACCGCCGCCCCUCUCUUACUAUAACAAGGACGACGCGGCCAUCAUACGUCUGGCGGCAGUGUACCAGCUCCCAGCCGCGCACCGCGGCCGCUCAUUUUGCUGGGUCAGCAGUUUUUCAACCUCCAUUGUGAGUCCUCUGAUGUCAGCCCAUCCCUCACCUCUCACCGCCGCUGUGGCCGCGGCCAAGGCUUCCUGACGCGCCUACAACGACUGCACGUAACCCAGGGCAUCACAAGCCGUCGCCCUCUCCACUACAUCAGCUGAUUAAUCUUGGUAUUUGUGGAUAUUCCCUUCUUGUCCAAAUAUGCCGACUCGGCUCAUUUUCAUUAUUAUCCGUGCAAAGGCACGAUUUUUUUAUUUCUGUGUUCCUACCGCUGUUAAUCAGUCAUAAUUGUGAGAGUAACGUUCAUUCGCAUACGAUAUUGAUUCUUUCUUAUUGUUUGCUAGCGAGUCUAUUGAGUAUAGUGUGAGUUCCCUGAUCAAAUUUAAUCUUCAUCAGUGUGCCCUGCCUCCGUUUUCUUUUCACCGCUCGAGAGAAAACGUGAGCUUCAAUGGUAUACUCACUUAACAUACCACUUUGUUUAUAUAGUUAUUCUUUCUAUAUAUACCCAUAUCAUUAGGGCAUUCCAUUAUAACCUUAACUUCUAUUACGUCUAAACAGGCACCUUGCUAGCCAUUCUUUCUUGCCUUUUUAGGGUUUUCAACGCAAACUAUUCAUUCAUACACGUUCCGUUUAUUGGUUCAUAUUUACAGCUAUCAACAUAUGCUCCUAUUUUGUAAAUGAUUUACACCAUAGUAUGAACAAAGACACUCUCGCUAAACUCGGCGACACCUUUAAACAGUUGGCUCGUCCUUCAAGUGAGGAGGAAUUGGAGCACGGUGCAACCACCGGUGAUUUAAAUGUGGUGAAUUUGCGAUCGGGGGCUACGUACUCUUCCCUCCCAAGGGAUAGCGCCCCUUCACCUUCAGAAUCGUCUGAAUACUUAACCCCCACUCGGCCGAACACAAUGCCUGUCGAUCCACCUCCCCCUCCUCCUCCUGGGGCCCCACACCACUUCCCCCCGCCCCCGAUUCGGGUCAUUCCAACUCACGCCAGUAUUCGACAAUUCUCGGGAGGCGAGACCGAUUUUUCGGCGCGACAGUUUUUAGAUUUGUGUGAAUCUGCCAUCGUAAAUUCCUCCAUUACGGAAGAUCAUGAUAAAAUCGCUUUCAUUCGGUCACGGUUACUUCCAGGCUCUCGGGCACUGAAUUUGAUGCAGUCCUCAGCGUUCGCUUCGGGGGACAUUGGUGUAAACUAUGAGGUUUUUAAAGGGAAUUUCAUUAAAAUCUUCGGGGGCGGGAGUAAACCAAGCAUCGUUAGACAGAUGGCACACACGGUUGAGUCCCUCCAAAAAAAUUCCUCAACAAAGCCGAUUUGGGACGCCAUGAUUGAGGCCAAUCAGCUGGCGGUUGACUGUGUCAAGAGCUUGGAAGACGCGCUCUGGCUUCCAGGGGGCUGUAUGCAAAAGCACCAGGUGAAGACAGCUUUCGAGUUGUUUUUUUACUUAUUUCAUAUUUCAGAGAAGAACCGCCGUUCUGCCCUCCCUUUGGCCUUCAAACCGAGCGGGAAGUUGGUUGACUUCGUCUCAGAGUUAGAGGUCAAGGUUCAGGAACACCCUCACCAUCAACCCCUCGCCCCAGCAGCAGCAUUGCAAGCACAAAAUCAUGAUGUUGCGUUUUCUGACCAUCUUGUUGUCCCUUGGCUCCCUGCUUGCAACAACACCCAUCCACCUGAAGCCUGGUGCCCUCACGGCACACAUAGGAGAGGUCUUCCUCAUAGAAGAUGUGCUCCUCGUAAAAUAUCCAUAUACUUCCUUGACCAACACCACGGACACAAUCAGGAUAGUCUCAGAAAAACUACUCGGCAUGGCAGACGCCAUCCGGGCUACCAAGACUAGGGAAUCAAAGGCUCCUUCUAGUACCAACUCUCUGACUCUUUUUCAACUACUGGAGGAUAGGAUUCUGUUCUUACGGGGAAAAGUUGAUGAGGUAAACAUGGAUUAUAGUUUUCACUCCGUUCACUCUCGGGUAAAGAGGGGGUUGCUCAACAUCGUGGGGUCCGCCUCAAAGUUCCUUUUCGGUACGGCUACCGACGAGGACGUUCGCGAUUUGCGGGACCACUACGCUCAUGUACUUUCCUUUGCUGCUAGAAAUCGCAGGGUGAUCAACGCCAAUUGUAGAAAACUUGCGCAAUUGCAUACUAACAUUGACGAACUGCUAGAGCAGACAAAUAAGAUGGUAGAGGUUAUCAACAUAGUUGUCAAACAGAUCGACCAGGUGAAUCAGUUUCUCCUCCUAGAUCAGGCCUUGCAUGUAUUGGAAAACGUCAUUACCUCCGUCGCAACGGCUAAUCAGCAGGUUAUUAGCAACAUGGUUGAUGCAGCGCACGGUAGAGUCACACCUGCCUUGUUCCCUCUACACGAUUUGAGAACGACUGUCCAGAUCGGGUAUCAAAAUUAUAGCCUGACGCCUUUAUUCACCCCGGACAUGAGUCAAUAUUUUUACCCCUUGAUUGAGUCCAGCCUCACCCCUGAUGCCAUAAUCAUUCAUGUUCCGUUUCAGACGGCGGACGUGUUUGAGGCACACGAAAUUGUCCCGUUCCCUUUUUCGGCAAAGGACAGUGUGUUGGCCCUGGACACGUCCCCGUCUCUUGUUCUAAUCGCGAAGGAUUUCGCUCUGUAUUCAACGGGUAGCUACUCACUCUUGCAGUAUUGCAAGGAGACGGUCUUCGGGCGAUUCUAUUGCUCUGCGUCUCUCUUUGCCUUCCUUCCAGUUCGGGGAGGGGUUUGCGAGAUCGCCCUCACCCGCGUGAACGCGUCUGACGCUCUUUCCCUGUGCCCUUACAAGCAGCUAACACCAACGCCUGUUUUCCAUAAGAACUUCCAGGGUCUGCAUUAUUUUUAUUUCCCUCAGUCAUUCUAUGUAUCGGUCAUCUGCCCGGAGGGUACCACUUAUCAACGGGUUACUGGUCACUAUGCCAUAGCGGAAGCAUGCUAUAUCCGCUCCACUAACAUAACAACGUACCCGUCCCGGAUUCGUCUGGUUUUCACGGCCAAUAUUUCCCAUCGAGUGUUUCCUCUACGGUCUCUCGAUGACAUUCAUUUCUCCAGCAUCUCGUAUGUGACUAAUUCCCUUAAUUCAUUGUCUUUCGCGAACAAAACAGAGUUUGCGGUAACCCUGGAGGAAACGCUGCCUGCUUAUUUGCAUCUCCCCUACCUGUACCCUGGAUUUUUUGUACCAAUGUUUCUGAUGUUCGUCAGUCUCGUCGUCAUGUGCUACCUUAUUAGGAGAAACUCUGUCCUGCACGAUUAUUUGGUUGUGCAGACACGGCGCCUGGAUGCAGGGAGGCCACUGGCAAGGUAGUUUUUCCUUUUCUCAGACAAGUCAGGGGACAGAAACCUGGCUGCUCCUAUACUUAACAUUGUACUGUGUUUCACUACUGUAUUUUUUUUUUAGGAGCUAGAUCAACGUUUCAUUGUCUGUAACUAUGCCAGUUGAUAGUUUCUUAUACAUGUGUCCUUAUAUUUAUCUUUUGAGAGGUUUCUUAUGUUUCAUGUCACACACGUUGUGGUUUCCCUCUCCCUAUUUAUAUUAUAAUACCACAUCUGUUCUUACAUCGCCAGUGUUUUAAUAUAAUUGUAUCAUGGGCAGUCUGCUUGUCUAUGUAUGUUCAUGGUACCUAGACUGCUAUUUCGAUUUUUAUAUAUCGCGAGGUCGCGAUCACUGGUAGGUGACCGAGCAGUGUUAUAGUAGGAUAUCAAUGUAUUAUUAUUAUUUAAUAUCACCACGAAUUAGGCAUACAAUUGUCAAUGGAAAAACCCCACGACAGAUAGAUCACGCCACCUUAUAGGAAUGUCGUCCGUCAGUGUUUACCGUCUCAGUUUUGUAUACUUAGCACUCCGAUGGUGCGUGGAGGUCACCUUGACAUACGUGACCAAUUGUAACAAUUAUUUUCCAACCUGUAACUCGCGCACUCCUUCACGAGAGUCCGACUGACACACAACGACAGUCGCUCUCGCUCCGUCGCUUCUUGUACAUAAAGGCUACGAAUAUAAUUCGCCUUAAGGAAGCUGAAGUCUUAAUCAACACCCUUUAAACGCCCCCCGACAAGCCCGUUACAGCCCAGCUCUGAUAUAUAUAUAGUUCCUACUGUUUAUUUUAAUGUUUA